ACAUGUCGACUCGGCAUGAAUCCCCGUGCGAAUGAACUGUGGAAGCCCACGGCAAGAUCUGGCGAUACAAAAACCCAGGGACGCCUCCCUGGCCUCCACCUCCUCCUCCUCCUCCACCUGCCUUCCCCCCGAUGGAGCUUCGGCCGUUUCAGAAGGCAGCCCCCACCCGCCCCCGCAGCUCGACCCACCGCCGCGCCGAUUCGCGGCCGCGGUUCUGAGCGCGCGCGACCCUCCCCCUGCCCGGAUUCCGCUCGGGCCUGUCGCCGCGCCGGGCCCAACCCGCGGGCGCUGCUGGUGCCGCGGUUCGCAGAUGCGAGGCGGGGAGAAAUGCAGAAGUCGCGGAGAGACCUCAUGAAGAGGAGGGCGGCGGCCAAGGCGAACGAGCAGGGCGCGGGCGCGGCCGCCGGGAUGAGGCGGCGGCGGCUCUACGGCUUCUCCGCCUCCCUCGUCGUCGCGUCCUGGGUCGCGCUCCUCAUCCUCAACUCGCUCGUCGGCCACGGCGACGGUCAACGCGAUGGUGGAGACCCGAUUGUUGCCGUUCCUAUUGCUGGGCCUGGGCCGACAGUGAAUGAAGCUUCUGUUAGUCCUGAUGUUGUACACCAGGAGCAUGAGGAGAAUUUGGCGGUGUCUGGUGAUACAUGUGUUAAACUUGAUGAAAGUGUCUUGCUUUCAGAAGAGACAGUUCUGCAGGAAGAUGUGUGUUCCAAGGAUGAUACCCAAAGUGAUGGCAUUGAAGCUCUAAUAGAGGAUGAUCAAAUCGAGCUGUCUGAAGGUCAGGGCAAGGAACAAGCUCCAUCCAUGGAUGGUCAAACUCACCUGUCAGAAGGUCGGGUUGAGGAAGAAGCUCUGGCCAAGGAUGAUCAAAUCGAGCAGUCAGAAGGUCAGGGUGAGAGUCCUCAUCUGACAAACAUCGAUUCUGUAGCUCAUCCAGCCGAGAAGGUGGAUGCUGAAGAUGUUCCCAAACCAGCAAGAUUGGCGCGGGCUGUUCCUCCUGGUCUUGAUGAAUUCAAGACGAGAGCAAUUGCUGAAAGGGGAAAGGAUGCCUCUAGUCAAACUGGCCAUGUAAUCCACCGAAGGGAACCUAGUGGUCAGUUGUACAAUUAUGCUUCGGCUGCUAAAGGGGCAAAGGUUCUGGAUUUUAACAAGGAGGCCAAAGGCGCUUCCAACAUUCUGGACAAAGACAAGGAUAAGUAUCUCCGUAAUCCUUGCUCUGCAGAGGGAAAAUAUGUCAUCAUAGAGCUUUCUGAAGAAACCUUGGUAGAUACCAUUGCAAUUGCAAAUUUUGAGCAUUACUCUUCCAAUUUAAAAGAAUUUGAAAUGCUGAGCAGUCUUAUUUAUCCCACAGAAAACUGGGAAACACUUGGGAGAUUCACUGUCGCAAAUGCGAAGCAUGCUCAGAGUUUCACGUUUCCUGAGCCAAAGUGGGCGAGGUAUUUGAAGUUCAAUUUGCUAAGCCAUUAUGGUUCUGCAAGCUAUUGUACACUGAGUAUGCUUGAGGUGUACGGAAUGGAUGCUGUGGAAAAGAUGCUUGAGAACUUGAUUCCGGUUGAAAAUAAAAAUGUUGAAUCUGAUGACAACAAAUUGAAGGAGCCAGUUGAGCAACCACCUUUGAAGGAGCCAAAUGGUGGAAAAGACUCCUCACAGGAACCCCUUGAUGAAGAUGAAUUUGAGCUAGAAGAUGAUAAGCCAAAUGGAGCUUCCUCGAGGAAUGGUGUUCAUGAUCAGAUUGUAGAGACAAGGACACUUCAGGCUGGCAGAAUUCCUGGAGAUACAGUUCUUAAGAUACUGAUGCAGAAAGUCCAAUCUCUUGAUGUGAGCUUUUCUGUAUUGGAGCGGUACCUAGAGGAACUCAACAGCAGAUAUGGACAAAUCUUUAAGGAUUUUGAUUCUGAUAUUGAUAACAAAGAUGCACUCUUGGAGAAGAUAAAAUUGGAGUUGAAGGAGCUUCAGAGCAGCAAAAAUGACUUUGCGAGAGAUAUUGAAAGUAUCCUUUCAUGGAAGUCAGUUGCCUCCUCGCAGUUAGACCAACUUGUCCUGGAUAAUGUCAUACUCAGAUCUGAGUAUGAGCGAUUUCGGGAUAAGCAGGUUGACUUGGAGAAUAGGAGCUUUGUUGUGAUAUUCCUGUGUUUUAUUUUUGGAUGCCUAGCCAUAGCUAAAUUGUCCAUAGGUAUGAUAUUCAAUAUUUGUAGAUUAUAUGAUUUCGAAAAGUUGGAUAGGGUAAAAUCCGGAUGGCUUGUGCUGCUGCUGAGCAGCUGCAUUGUGGCCUCCAUUUUGGUGAUACAGUGAUGUAUGUACUCAUCUCCAUAUAAUCGCGGCUGCAUAUUGUAAUUCCAUGAGGUUUAUAUAAUUCAAAAAAGAUUACAUCUCUGA